UAUGCACUGCAGUCGAGUAUCAUUGAUCACGACAUAUACAGUUACGUAGUAGAUUAUUCUCGCAACAAUGUACUCAAUAUAAUUUAUUUCAUUUAUCGACAGCUAUCACGGAAGUAAAUUUAAGGCCAUAUGUCUAUGUUAUGUCGUGAGAUUCAUGAUUCAAGUUAGAAUCAUACCUGCGUUAAAUCUGUAUUAUUUUGUUCAGGAAAUUAUUUCAAAGCAGUUUAACCAAGAUAAUAAAUUUAUGAUAAAUUAAACGUCACAUAAGUGUCUUACCUUUCUGCAACUUUUGAUUUCGAUUUUGAAAGCAAAACUACACUCGUUUUAUACUAGUACAGUUUGUCAGAAGAAUUAGCUCUACUAAUGGGAAAUAGCAAGUCAAAAGGCGGCCGAGAUGCAACGUGUAAAAUCGAGGACGAAACUCUUAAAGAAGUUGAAAAAGAAGUAACGGAAUGGUCGCGAACGAUUCAGAGAAUUAAGGGAAACCAAGGUGGAGAAGGGGCAAAGAUGGAUGAACGUGACUUAAUCCAUCGGAUGAACACCACUGCAAAAAAGAUUUCUUAUUAUAUAAGCAAUGUAGAUGAAGAUCAGACAGGCCAAGCUGGCUUGCAUUCAAACGUAAAUGUAAAUGGGUCAAUGAAUCCGACCUCAUCUAGUAAACGAACACAAAACGAAGAUGGAACUUUCUCUGGUCAAGACCGAGAAGUAAACAUUAAUCCAAGUGAUUUGGUUGCGCAAAUUGGGUUCCUUAAAGCAGACAGAGAAAAAAUGAAGAAAUAUAUUGAACGUCUGCAGGAGGAAAUUUCAAGAAAGAGUGAGAACAUUCAGGAUCUCGAUGCAGAGAACGACCAAUUAAAGAUACGUUUAAGCAAAUUGGCAUGUGAUAAGCUGACAAAAGACAACCCGAACAUAGCUGACCUGAGCGAUAGGAACCGGCCGACGAAGCUUGGCGAGAUUUACAGUGAGCUGUAUGACAACGAGUGGACGGAUGCGUUUGAAGGUCUGACAAAAGGUGGCGGCUACAAAGAUGAUGAAGCAAUUAAAGCUCUGCGUAAAACAUUGGAUAGCUCCUACACGUUUUGUGUGAGAAAUUCCAACGAGUUGGUUACCAAAAUGAAAGCGGUCGCAGAGGAGUUGUUUAAAGACAUAAGAAGACGAGAGCAUAGUCUUACACUUCCACAAUCUCCACUUGGUCGUGUAACAAAUCCACUGCUUGCAUUUGAGGAUCAUUUCAUCGAGAGACACUGGAAACCUAAACAACGCAAGGAAGCAAAGAAGGACUGGAACAAUAAAACGUUUGUUCCACCUACACACAUGGGACAAGAAUUGAUUAAAAUGCGGAAAGAUGUCGCCGUCUCAAUGGUUCCUGUUGUGCAACAAGCAUAUUUACGACACAGAUGGGACAAGGAAUGCAUUGAAUCACUGAAACCUUUCAUUAAGAAAUCUCUCUUCAUCUGCUGGAUGAUGGUUGUCCAAACUCCUCCAAUGGUUUUUGACAGUACAACCAAACCCGAUUCGCGUUUUGACUCAUUGUUGUACAGACAAUACACAGCGAGUGGAGACACCAUAGAGUACGUGGUUUGGCCUGCGAUGUUUCUUCAUGAAAAAGGACCCCUUGUUCUGAAAGGUGUUGCGCAGCCAAAGAAGCGUGUGUAGUUGAUAUUUUCUACGUACUUUCAAAGUGUCGUUGGAGUAUCCAAGACAUCGUUCACCUUUGUUGCUAUGUAUUGAUUAAGAAACGACAGGAUAACAUAAACAGUAAAUGUUGUGUUUUAUUAUUGCGUAAUGUGUCACUCAUUGAGUGUCUCUCAGGCUUUGAUUCUAUCUGACGCCUUUAAACAAUAUCAUACGUGUGCCUGUAGGCUUCAUUGUAUUAUAAUCAUUGUAUCAAAGACAAGUAACUUGUCGCUAACCAUGAAAGCAUAAUUAUAUGAUAUGCAUACGUACGCAAUAUUGCCAAUUUUCAUUUCUGCGAAAUGUUUUUAAUCUCUGUUUUAGUUUUAAAUGGAUGGGAAUCUG